AUGUUGCGCCAAAAUUUGAGGUUCUUUAAUAAACAUUCUACCAUGGCCAAAAAACCGCCCAAGGAUCCACUGGUUGUAAUUUUGGGCGCUACUGGUACUGGGAAAUCGCAGCUCGCAGUGGACCUAGCGACACGAUUAAAUGGCGAAAUCAUUAAUGGUGAUGCGAUGCAAAUGUACGAUGGGCUUCCUAUCGUCACAAACAGGAUUACGCACGAAGAGCAAAAGGGCGUACCGCAUCAUCUGCUUGGAUUCGUCGCACUCGACGAGGAACCAUGGAGAGUAGGCAUUUUCAAAACGAAGGCUAGCCAGAUCAUACGGGAGAUCCGCUCAAGAGGACGACUGCCGAUUCUUGUAGGAGGCACGCAUUAUUACACCCAGUCGCUUCUAUUCGCAGAUUCGUUGGUUUCCAGUCAGGACGGAGAAGAACAGGCGCAACCAGAUCGCGAGGGACAAGACGCUUUGGAGAAAUUCCCUAUACUUGCUGGAACUACAGAAGCAAUGGUUGAGCGUUUGAGGGAGGUGGACCCAGUCAUGGCCAAACGAUGGCAUCAAAACGAUAGAAGGAAGAUUCAACGAUCCCUCGAAAUAUUCCUCACAACAGGCAAGAGAGCAUCCGAAAUCUAUGCCGAACAGAAACAACGCAAGGUUUUGAAUAAGGAAUGUACUUUGGAAGAUCAUGGCCUCCCAAUUUCUCCAGUCGCAAGUGGCUCAACGCUACUCUUCUGGGUUCACUCUGAGUCCCAAGUACUCAAACAGCGAUUAGAUUCACGUAUCGACAAAAUGCUUAAAGCAGGUCUACUGGACGAAGUAAAAUCGAUGAACGAUUUUCUCGACAGCCAGGCCGAAGCUGGCACCAACGUUGACCUUACCAGGGGCAUCUGGGUUUCCAUCGGCUGGAAGGAAUUCGUACCAUAUCUAAAUGCACUGAAAUCUGGGACUACAUCUAUCGAAGACCUAAACAAGCUCUAUGAGCUAUCAGUCGAGCAAAUGAAAGCUGCUCAUCGCCAGUAUGCAAAGCGACAGGUUCGCUGGAUACGUAUAAAGUUGGCCUCGGCUCUAUCAGAUGAGGAUGCCCUCGAUAAACUCUACAUUCUCGAUAGCAGUGACGUCUCACAAUUUGAUUCUGCUGUAUCUGGUUCUGCGAUUGAUGCCACUGCAAGUUUCUUGAAAGGCGACGUUCUGCCUCCCCCACCAGAACUUUCAGAAUCAAAUAGACAGUUUCUUACUCCUGUUGGGGAUUCAAAAGAUCUCGACUUCCGUCGCGAAUGCGAGAUAUGCAAUGUUACAGCAGUCAUCGAGGAGCAGUGGAUCCGUCAUCUCCAAAGCCGCCGCCAUCGCGCCCAGGAGAAGAGGCAGCUUAGGAACGCUGGGAGCGGUAGGUUUCACCGAAAGACUGAGGACGUACCAGUAACAGAAAUUACCUGA